AUGAUACGCAGCGACGUUAAGUUGCUGAAUUGCUUCCUGGGUGCUGAUGUUGCUGAGUCAGCUGAAAGACAGAAUGAGGAGCCCAAAGUCUCUGAUAAUGAUGCCAUCCGCCAGAUCACAGCCAAAAUCCUUCACCUCAUCCAGACUCAAGAAAAGCUGCAGUGCCAAAUCUUACACAACACAGCCGGCCUCGAAUCAGGAAGUGUGCAGCAUCACUGGAAUGAAAUAUAUAACUUUGUGGAACAUCUGGCCCAUAAGUUCAUAAGCCCUCAGUUGCGGAUGUCCUUCAUUGUGUUCUCCGAUCAGGGCAAGAUUUUGAUGCGGCUUACAGAAGACAGGGAACAAAUACGGAAAGGUUUGGAAGAACUCGAGAAAGUGCGGCCAGGUGGAGACACUUUUAUGCAUGAAGGCAUUCAGCGGGCCAGCGAACAGAUUUACUAUGGUAACACUGAAGGAUACCGCACAGCCAGUGUGAUCAUCGCCCUCACGGAUGGAGAACUGCAUGACAAUCUCUUCUAUUACGCUGAAAGAGAGGCCAACCGCUCUCGCAGCCUGGGUGCCUCNNUAUGGAAAGCUUUAAAACUAUUAUUAACCUUGGCACUUAUUCUUGGGGGGUAUGUAAACUUGCACUUGUUUAAGCAACUGGCCAAGAUCGCUGACAGCAAAGAUCACGUCUUUCCGGUAAAUGAUGGCUUCGAAGCUCUGCAAGGUGUCAUCGGCUCGAUCUUAAAGAGAUCCUGCAUAGAGAUCCUUGCUGCAGAACCUUCCAGCAUCUGUGCCGGAGAGGUUUUCCAAGUCGUCGUGAGAGGAAAUGGAUUCCUUCAUGCUAGAAAUGUGGACAAGGUUCUUUGCAGCUUCAGAAUAAAUGACACUCUCACCAGAAUGGUGAAGCCAUUAAUUGUGGAGGACACGUAUCUGCUCUGUCCAGCUCCUGUUCUUCGAGAGGAGGGAACGGCAGCCUCCCUUGACGUUAGCAUGAAUGAAGGCCUGAGUUUUAUCUCUAGUUCUGUUACUAUCACCACUGUAAGCUGUUCUGAUGGAACGAUCCUGGCCAUAGCACUACUGAUAGUGAUGCUACUGCUGAUUCUGGCUCUGCUCUGGUGGUUUUGGCCUCUCUGCUGCACUGUGAUUAUCCAUGAACCUCCACCACCAGUAGUGGAAGACAGUUCGGAUGAAGAAGAGGAUGGAACUCCGAAGAAGAAGUGGCCCACAGUCGAUGCAUCCUACUAUGGAGGAAGAGGAGUCGGAGGCAUUAAAAGAAUGGAGGUUCGCUGGGGUGAGAAAGGUUCGACCGAGGAGGGUGCUAAACUGGAGAAGGCGAAGAACGCGAGGGUAAAGAUGCCUGAGCAAGAGUUUGAAGCUCUUCCUGCUCGCAUCCUAAAUAAUGGCAUGCGAAAACCUCCAGGCCCUCGUAAAUGGUACUCGCCCAUUAAGGGAAAACUGGAUGCAUUGUGGGUGCUUCUGAAGAAAGGGUAUGACAGAGUGUCCAUCAUGCGACCGCAACCUGGAGACAAGGGUCGCUGCAUGAAAUUUACCCGUGUGAAAUCCUGCCCGCCUCCUCGGUACCCACUUUACAACAACCCGUCGAGUCACAUCUACAGCCUCCCCCACAGCCGAUGCCCUCCUGUCCCGCAGGGCACCCUGCCGCCCACCCCGCGCUGCUCCGGCCAAUCACCAAACUCCACCCUGCCCCCUCUGCCAUCAACUCCGCCCCCAGCAUCCAUAACCCCUCCCCCUUACACACCACCUCCGACCCGAGCCCUUCCUCCUACCUCUCUGAACAUCAACGUGGCUCUGCCUCCUUCUCCACCCACACCACCGCCACCAACAAACUUCAUGCAGGCCUCGUCGCCCAGCACCUUGCCUCCGCCCCCUCAGGCGGCUCCGCCCGGACGAGCCCCGCCCCCUUCUCGUCCACCACCUCGCCCAGGCCUUGACGAACCGCAGUGCUACCAGGAAUGAGUAGAUCUAAGUCAUUUGCACAAGAAAAACUGCUGGUUACGCCGGUGAAAAAUGAAGUGCUCCAUUUUUCAGGCAUUAGAAAAGGAGCAACAUGAUUGACAAUGGUUGCAAAUGGGUUUUGGCAAAUGGCAGCGAUUGUAUUAUUGCACAGCUGAUACUGAUUAGGUUGACAAACAUUCUGCACAUCGACGAAGUAGCUUGAGGUUUGCUGACUGUCAAUAUCACCAUGCCAAGUUCUUUAUGGGUUGUUUUGGGGUUUAAACUUAACAGUCAGAAGGAGAUAAUAAAUUAUAAACAUUUGGAGUUUUUAAAACGAAAAAUCGUAGAUGUAUUUGAUUUUCAUAGAAAAAUUCCAUCCGUUUGGAUUUCACAGUUCACAUGAACAAACAAAUAAACUUAAUGUGAUGUCACGUAAAAACGUGUAGGAUUUCUGCAAUAAACGGAAUGAGUUUACACGACAGCCAUGUUUAUAUAUUUAUCAUCAAUAAAUAAAUCUCACGUUUUAAAUAAAUCGAAUAUCCCUUGUUGCGCGGCUAGCCGUAUUUCAUCCAUUUCGAGCGAAUGAAUUGAAUCGUUUUAUGCUGAUCCUAAACAAAUUUCAUGCAUUUUGAAUUAUUAUUAUUUUAAUAAAAUCAAAAAAUAUGCAAGUAGUAAACUAUGCCGUGAUUUUAUAAAGCACACCUGUUUUAAUUAUGCAAGUUUGACAAGUAUGCAUCACAUCAAGCUUAUUAUUUUGUAUUAUGUUAAAACUGUGUAUUUUAUGUACGCUUUAAAUAGAUUUUUAAUUUAGGUUCUUUUUGAGGAUGGAAACUGAUAAUAAAAUAAUUGACUAAUGGGUUUUAAUAUUCAGCAACUCAGUGGCCUGUUGACCGUUAUUCUGAAAUGCCGCCACGUUCUUCAUUUAAAAAAAACGAUUCUGUAAAUUAUUCACGUUGUGUAAUUAUAAGCAUCUUAACGCAGCUUUGCAGAUAUAUUAGAAAGAAGCAUAAGUAUUAUAGAUCCUUCAGUACUUGAGAGAUCCGGUUCGGCUUUGAUGCUUUUUGAGUAUAUCAGGAAAACAUCUGCAGGAUAAAAAAAUUUCAAACGACUGCAAGGAAACAAUGGCAACACUGAUCAAAUACUUGAUUCGGCCUGUAGUCCUA